AUGGCUGCGCGUCGGCUGCUGCUGCCCCUGCUGGCGCUCUGCAGCGUGGCGCUGACCGCUCUAUACGUGGCGGACGUGGUGCGCACCAAGCAGCUCGAGUCGGCGUGCGAGAUGACGUGGUCCUGGCCCGUGUACUCGCCCGUGACGUGGCGCUCCGCCCCCAAGCACGCCAAGUACGGCCUCUUCCGCGUGGACAUGAAGGUCGAGCGCCAGGCGCUGGGCGGCGUGCCCGUGCUCUUCGUGCCCGGCCACAUGGGCAGCUACAAGCAGGCGCGCUCGCUGUCGCGCCACCUCUGGGACGCGGACGAGACGCUCUUCGACCUGUUCGCGCUCGACUUCAACGAGGAGCCCACGGGGCUCAGCGGGGACUUUGUGGCCGAGCAGGCGGCGUUCCUCAACGACGCAGUGAGGUCCAUUCUGAGGGAGUACAAGCGCCAGAGCAAGAGCAAGAGUAAGAAGAACAAGCAGCUGGUGAUCCCGGACAGCGUCGUCGUUGUGGCCCACUCCAUGGGCGGCAUUGUGGCCCGCACGGCGGAGCUGCUGCCCAACUACAAGCGCCGCUCGAUCCAGCACGUCGUGGCUCUGGGCGUGCCCUAUGAGGCGCCUUCUUUCCCGUUCGACGCGGAGAUGAACGCGCUCUACGAGCGCAUGCAGACCAAGAAGACGAGGAAUGAUGACGUGGUGUACGUGUCUGUCGCUGGAGGACACAAGGAUACGCUCGUGCAGACGUCGUUGACGGGAGUGGACACGGUGGCGGACCCGUCGAGGGCCUUUGUGGCUCUGGCGUCGGCCAUCCCGGCGGUGCACACGCCUGUGGACCACUUCUGCUUGUUGUGGUGCCAUGAAUUGCUGAAAGUUGUGGCGGAGAGUCUGUACAAGGCGGUGGAUCUGGAGACCAGGGAACUCGUGAGUGACCCGAGUGUGAGACUUGCAGUUGCCAAGGAGAUCGCGCUGAAUGUUUCGCUGCACCGCAGCUACGUGCAGGAUGGCUACUACCCUGGCGAGUAUGCGCAGUAUGCGAUGAUUCUCCCGCAGUUCUUGACGAACCUGCUGCGCACGCGGUUUAUGACCAUGAUCGUCAUCAUGUACGCGCUGGCGCUGCAGAUUUUCUACGCCCAAGUCGCGCAGUGGCAGAGCCGUUUUAACCUGCAGUCGACGUCGUCGCCUCAAGACCUGAGUCAAGACAACUUCCCGUCGUUCACGUCCAUGCUGCACCCUGCGGCACACGUUCCUGCUUUCGUGAAAAACAGCAUGACUUUGGUCUCGGACGCGUUGCACGGAAGAUCGUUCUUGGGGUUGAGCAAGACCACAACAGCGGUUAUUAUCCUGUACGCCUACGCACUGGGUUUGCUGUACGCGAUCACGAAGCUGUUCUCGCUCCUGCAGCGGUUUAUUGUGUCACCGAUCGUAUCCGUUCUGGAGAGCGUCACUGAUCGAGUUAACCUUCGUCGAUGGAUGAUUAUCGCAAUUAUCCACGGACUUGCUCAACUUCUUGGACAACUCAACGGCUCGGCUUCGUCGAAGGUGUUGGCGCUGGCAGUCCUCGCAUCGUUCGGCGUGUUUAUCGUGUACUUGCUUGCGCUGGGCGGAAAUACCGAUGGCACGUCGGAUCCGCAACGCAUGAAGCGCUCGCUAUUCGCCGUGCUGCUGCUCUCCAUUUUCCCAUGGGUAGGAAAGGUGGCAUACUUUGCCAGCAUUGUGCGAUGGCCGCGCUCGGAGCUCUCGAAUGAUCUGCUGGUUGAAGGUGGAUCCUGCAUCACCGUUUUGAGCCUGUUCACGUAUGUCAUCGGCCUAUCGCUGGACUGCAUGAUUCCGCUGCCUCCGACGGCUUUCUUUGGUGCGUCGUCGGGACAAGAUGCAGCAUCAGUGUACGGUAAAUCAUCUAGCAGUUCCGGAGCCAGCGUCAAGAUCACGGCUGAAAACUGCCCGAAGUGCAUCUUCGAGGAUGGUGGACCUGGAGCCAUUCUGGAAGAAUACAGCGACCGCACCACUCGCCGUGUCGUGGCGGGUAAGACUGGCGAGGUGGUGUAUGUUGGCCCCACGUUCCGGGUCGUCUCAUGCGAUUGCGUGUACCGAUUCAAGAACUCGCGGGAUUUCUGCGACUUCUGUGUGCGGUCUUGCCGCCUGUGCGGAGGCGGCAAUGGCAACUUCCAAGAGGCAGCCAAGUACAAGGACUUCUUGGAAGAGAGCAAGGUGGACUUGGCCAUGCAUGCUCUUGUUCCGAUGGUUUUCCAGAUUUGCGCCGCAGUUCAGGCCACCUACGGCUUGUAUCGGGCUCACCUAUCGUUCUACCUCACGCCGGUGUGUGUUCUAGCGCUGAUCAUCUAUCACAUCGUUCUUCGCCACCCCAUCGAGGCGCGGCGGAUCAAGAACAAGCAGCGCAACAAAACCAAGAAGAAAAAGUCGUCAAGCAAGUCGAAGAGCAAGUCAACCACGACCACUACGACGACGACGACCUCCAGCUCUACCACCAGCACCAGUACCACCAGCGAGGCCACCUCUCGCAACAAGAAGAAAAAGAAACGCAAAUCGGGAACGUCGUCUACUUCCUCUGCCUCGUCACCGCUGAUAGAAGAGGUCUCUACCUCGUCCUAG